AUGACCGCCGUCGACGCGGACGCCGCGGCGGCGUCGACGCCGGACAUCGCGGAGAUCCGCCAGCGCGCCAUGCUCGAGGCGCAGAUGCGGGCGCGGAUGAGCGCGCUGCCGCGCGAGACCCCGGAGCAGGCGGAGCGCGCGCGAAGGAUGGCGCGCGCGAGCGUGAACGCGCAGGCGGAGAACGCGCUGCGCGCGCGAGCCAUCGCGGCGGCGCGACGGCGCGCGAAGAAGGACGGCGUCGCGCGCUCGCUCGACAGCGGGAUCUUCGAGAUCGAGGACGAGAACGCGGUGCAUUCUCACGCCCCGCGUCUCACCCGUCUCGAGGUCGCGGCGCGCGAGGAGGAUAACGACCGUCGAUCGUGUUGCUAUCCGCGCGCCGCCGCCUUCGAAGGUACCGCUACUUCCUAG